AUGCCGCACAUCAAUGAAACCACGCAGGCCAUUCCGGCCGUGCCCACGAAGCAGAGCAAUGGUGCCGCCAAAAUCACCACACAGGAGGACCUUCUCAAGUCCCUCCAAGGGGUCAAUGUCUCGCCUCUGUGGGCUCAAAUGGCCCGCCUAAACCCGGCUCUGCCUAACCCCACGACAAUCCCGUUCAUCUGGGAGUAUGACCGCAUUCGGCCGUACCUUUUGCAUGCCGGCAAUCUUAUCAAGGAGGAGCAGGCCGAGCGCCGGGUGCUCAUGCUUGUUAACCCCGAGAAGAGCGCUCCUUACACGACUGACACUCUCUAUGCUGGUCUCCAGCUUGUCAUGCCUCGGGAGACGGCGCCGGCGCAUCGCCAUUCUGCGUUUGCCGUGCGCUUCAUUAUUGAGGGCCAAGGCGGUUUCACGGCAGUUCAGGGUCGCCGCGUGGCCAUGAAGCCUCGUGACGUCCUGGUGACUCCCCCUUGGAACUGGCAUGACCACGGCAAGAAGGGCGCGGGUGAAGAGGGAGGAGACGACUCCCCGGUCAUCUGGCUGGACGGCCUGGACCUGCCCGAGUUUGUGCAUUUCCCUGUUCAUUUCAACGAGCACUACAGCGAGUCCCGCUAUCCCGCAAAGGAUGCGGAUGACUCUCCUAUCGUCUUCCAUUGGGACAAGGUCGAGGCAAAGCUACAUGCCGAGCCGGGGUCGUGGGCUGCUGUUCCGUAUCUGAGGGAGAACGGCGAAGAGAUCGGACGGACAAUCGGUGCGUUGGCAGAACGCCUGGAAGCUGGAUGCGAGUCACCCGCUGUUCGCGAGACCGCCUCUUCGGUUUACCAUGUCAUUGAGGGCACUGGCCACAGCAUCAUCGGAGACAAGAAGAUCUCAUGGAAGCAGGGCGACACUUUCUGUAUCCCUGCUUGGCACAAGUAUCAGCAUUUUGCUGACGGCAAGCGGGUCUACCUCUAUCGCUUCCACGACAAGCCUAUGCUCCAGGCUCUUGGGAUUUAUCGGUAUGAAGGUCAAGAUCCCGAGACGCUUGCCGUUGUGUAUUGA